GUUAUGAUGGCGACUAGUGUGUAUGGUAUUUUAACCCAUAUAACUUAUAUUUAUUUCUAGGUGUCAUCCUUUACGUUCUGGGCGCAAUGUUUACUUCUUUCGAGAAUCGAAUGAUGUUUUCCUGGUAAAAAUGAUUUUUCUUAAUAAAAGUACAAGAAAGAAAAGUGCUCUGUUGUUGGCCAGCUGAAAAACUCUAAAAUGGUUGACUUUCCUUCUGUGUGGAUUGAAAAUAGUCCAGAAUCACUUCUGGACAUAACACUCAGGUACUGCAUAAGAGAUCCAAGCACCUUCUGUUGCUAUAUUCCAACGAAAGGGGAACAUGAGUUGCAACAAGGCCUUUCUCUACCGGUGGAAAUUUGUGAGCGAAUGCUGAAACUUAGUAAGGAGGAACUGAGUGAUGAUUGCUUCAAUAAAUUUAUCUGCUUAUUCAAAGAUUGUUCUAGAACUCGUUUAAAAAAUGUGGAUGUGAGUGAUACAUCGAUUGAAGAUAUUGCCCUAGCUAUCCUGACUCAGCAUAAGCUCGUGGAAUUAAAUAUUUCAGGGUGCAAGAAAUUAACAGCACAAUGUUUGAAUUAUGUUUCCCAUACGUGGUCCAGUUUGCACUCUCUUGUUGUAGGUUCCAGCUCACAAGUACUUCUAGAAGCAGAGGUGGCAUCUCCGCAUUGGAUGUACCAUCCACAUCAUCGCAUGGGACUGUUCACCACCACAGCUGGAGAAGACACAAAUGUUGCUCAACUUGAUGUAGACCAAGAUUUGCUUGAACUUCCAAACCUUCGUAGGCUCGUUAUUCAUGGCCUCACAAAAACUAAUUCAAACGUUCAUUUUAACUGCCUGUUAAGCAAUACCUGUAACCUUACUCAUCUAGACCUCUCAAACUGUGAAUCUCUAGAUGAUUUACAGUGUUUGGUGUUUCAACAAAAUUUAGUAUCCUUGGUUUUAUGUGAUGUUCCUGAUGUUGAACGUUGUUUUAAAAAUAUAAUCAAGCUGAAGUCUUUAAGGCACCUAGACAUAUCUCAGUCCAAUGAACUCACAAUAUAUUAUGAGAAUCCCAACAAAGUCCUGAAAAUCAUAGUAGAUAAUUUGGAAGAACUUGUGUCCUUGGAUAUCUCUGGAACAAAUCUUGCUGGAAGCAGAACACAAGAGCGUGAUGAAAGAUCAAGUUCUCUCGAAAAAUCUGGUGAAGAGGAAAAUCUUACAGAUAUACCAGGCCUUGCAAGUAGAGUGAAGAGGCCUUUGGAAUUUCUUGGUCUUCUAAACACUGCUUAUGAUGCUUGUUACAGGCAUCAUAUUCCAGCUAAGAAGAUUUCUGGAGAUGCAACUGAAGAGCAGAUUCUAAUUGCUGGACAAAUGUACUGCUCUCGUGAACCAAUGAUACAAAAGGUUCUCAACGAUUUAUUCCAUCUUUUUCGUUUCUCUACUUGUCGAAACACGAAGUUGGCUCUUGAUGUUGUUAUGGAAGCAAUGAGAAUUCAUUUAAAAGUCAAACAUAUUCAAGUGUCCGGCAGUGCUUCGUUGUUUUACAUUGUUAAAGGAGAUGACAAAGAACAUUUUAACAUUAAAAUACGAAGGAAAAUCAUAAAAAUAUUACUAGAUGCUAUGUUUUCUCAUUAUUCCGAUGUAACAAUGCUGAGAAAUGGCUGUUUGACUCUCAUACAUUUUAAAAUGCCUGAAGAUGCGUUUUUUGACUAUGAGCGCUUGGUGAGUUUGCUGCUGUUGAUUGUAGCCCAAGAGGAGCAAGAUGAUUUUGUUCAGCGUAUUGGUGUCUAUCUUUUGAACAGUUUGGCUUGUCAGGUGGAUGGAGUGCAGAAGCAGCUUGUUGGAGAUCGUGGAGCGAUAACAAUAAUGCUGGAUCUUAUAAGAAAGCGAUUGGCUGAAAAUGUAUGUGAUGAGGUGAUGGAGACAGCUUGGAGCACAAUGUGGAAUGUUACUGAUGAAACUCCUCUUAAUUGUUCACGGUUUCUGGAAGGAAGAGGGAUGACUCUUUUCUUGGGAUGCUUACAGGCUUUUCCAGAAAAACCAGAGCUCUUGAGAAAUAUGAUGGGACUUUUGGGAAAUGUUGCUGAAGUUAAAGAGCUUAGGACUCACUUGAUGAAAGAUGAAUAUUUAACUGUAUUUAGUGAUUUGCUGAGCAAUGAUAGUGAUGGCAUUGAAGUGAGCUACAAUGCGGCAGGUAUUUUAUCACAUAUAGCGUCAGAUGGUCCAGAGUCAUGGGCUUCCCAUAAUAUUGCCUCUGUCAAAAGGCAAGCUGUGUUGCAAAGAAUGGUUGAUGUCAUUGAAAAGUGGGACCUUGAAGCAAAGAGAAAUAUCAAUUACAGAUCUUUCGAGCCUAUUCUGAGGCUGCUGUCUGUAAAUCAUACACCAGAGGCUCAACAUUGGGCAGUGUGGGCAUUAGCGAAUUUAACACGAGUGUACCCAGAAAAAUAUUGCCUUUUAUUGAAAGAAGAAGGAGGCAUUGAACUACUGAAAGGACUCCUAGAAAAUCCUGGAUACAAAAGAAUUGGGGAAUUGGCAGAAAUUAUUAUUAAACAAUGCCAAAAAUUUGAAUCCAGUGGCGGAGAAUAUUGUGAAAGUGAAGACUCGGAAGAAAUUUUGGUGUAUAUUUAAGAGCUAACUGUAAAUAUAUUUAUGUGAACAUUCAUAAGUAAAAUUAUAUGCCUGGUUAUGUCAAAAAAUAAUAGAUUUAAAAUCAAAAUUGGUUUUAUUACCUUUGAAUUUUAGACAGAAUGUUAUGAGUAUUCUUCUAGCAUUGAAUUUUUAUCAUUACUCUUUCUAUGAAAGACCUAAAAAAAAGUAAUAGUUAGUUAGAAGGAUAAGGAUAAGGAAAUGAAGUGUGAGUUUUAUUUUCAUUCAUAGCCUUUCUUUUUAUUAUGAAUAAAAGUUUUAAAGUCAUUUGCCAACUUUGUGUACUCAAAAUUGUGCAUUUCAAAGUGAAACCUAAAACAUAAAUACAUAUUGGCAUUUAAUUUUGAAACUCAUGCAUAUUAAUUUAAACUGUAAGUAAAUAUCGUUGUCUCUGAGCAACAGUAAGAUAUCUUAGUGUUAUUACUGGGACUAUAUAUCUUACUGUUGCUCUGAUGCGACGAUAUGAGAAAUGUACAUCAGAAAAAUAUUAUUAGGCUAUAAAAAACUUGCAUAAAAUCUUUUGAAUUGGGGCGUUUCUGUUCAAUUGAGCUUUUCAAAUUCUCUUGCUGUAUUUUCAAAAUAUUCCUGUAUAUAUCUUCUAAAAAUUAGAGGUUUUUUUUUUGUAAAAUCUUAGAACGUAUGUAAUAUACAUAUGUAAAUAGUACGUAACAAUCAGUCAUUACUAAAAAAAAGUUAAUUUAGUAAAAGAUGAAUAAAAUUGUAAAAUUUGAAGUGUAGCAAAAAUAUGAAAACCUUGCUGUUUUGUUGCUUCAACAGGUUAUUAGCAUUUUUUUUUCUUUAAUUGCAAGUGUAGACUGCUUCCUUUCAAAAGUAAUCAAUUUUAUCUUAAUGUAUAAGUUUUCAUGAUUAAAAUCUUUAUUUUGAAUUUUAACUUGCAAAAUUGAUCAGCAUAAUACAAUCUAUGAAUUUAUAUCUAUAUAUGUAACU